AUAGGAUAGAAAUUCCAUUGACAACGACGGAGAAAAAGUUGUCCUACUUUUUCCCACCACCGUUCUCUCUGUAGCUCCGUUGCCAUUUGUACGCCACCUGCACGUUUCUUCCUUCUCUUCCAUGUCUUUCUCCGUCAAUUCCAAAGCUUCCUCUUCGAACUUCUCGUUCUCGUUCGGUACUUCAACCAAUCUCUUUUCCAAUUCGUUCUCCUUCUCGUCGUUGCUUCCAAUUGGUUCUUCCUGAUCCGUCCGUCAAUUCGUUCGAACUUUUUUUUUUUUUUUUUUUCGCUUUAGUUUGGUUCGCAAUUUGUUGUCUCAAUGGCUCCGAUCAAACUCAAGCAAUCCCAAAAUUCUGCUGCGAAAUCUGUUGCUUCCUCCACUGAAGCGCGCACUCUCGUUCGGGAAACUCUGCGGAUUAGUGCUAGCCUGGCUUCUUCUCCUCCUGCUGAUUCUGUUCCUCCCACGCUCUCCCUCGCUGGUCCGCAGGCGAGAAAGUUUGGUAUUGUGGAGGACCAGUUUAUUGAUUCCAGCUUGAGGUUGAUUUGCUCCGAAGAAAUCGAUGGCCGGAGGUGGAAUUAUGUUGCUGAAAAUGAGCUAUUCGGAAGGUCGAAGAACGUCUCGAUCCGUGCUGUUUGUUUUCAGAAGCCGCAAGCUCCUAUUGACGAGAUGAUGUCCUUCAUAAGAUCAUAUGUAGUCCCAGAAGGAUUCCCCGACAGUGUUACCCCUUCAUAUGUACCAUACAUGACGUGGAGAGCUUUGAAGCACUUCUUUGGUGGAGCGAUGGGUGUUUUUACAACACAGUCACUAUUAAGCUCUGUUGGGGUCGCCAGAAAUAAAGCUACUCCUGGAGCCAUUGCUAUUAAUUGGAUUCUCAAGGAUGGUGCGGGUCGUGUUGGUAAAAUGCUAUUUGCUCGACAAGGGAAAAAAUUUGAUUAUGAUCUCAAGCAGCUACGUUUUGCAGGUGAUCUCCUUAUGGAGUUGGGUGCUGGGGUAGAGCUGGCAACUGCAGCUGCACCACACCUUUUUCUUCCUUUGGCUUGUGCUGCUAAUGUUGCGAAGAACGUUGCUGCUGUAACAUCAACAUCAACCCGCACUCCAAUCUACAAGGCCUUUGCAAAAGGAGAAAACAUUGGAGACGUCACUGCUAAAGGAGAAUGCGUAGGAAAUAUAGCAGAUCUGCUAGGAACUGGACUAAGCAUAUUGAUUUCAAAAAGAAAUCCAUCUUUGUUUACUACUUUUGGUCUCCUUUCAUGCGGUUAUAUUUUCAGCUCUUAUAAUGAGGUCAGAUCUGUUGUGUUGCACACAAUGAACAGAGCGAGAUUUAAUGUAGCAGUCGAGUCUUUCAUCAAGACAGGGCGAGUUCCCUCAUUGCAGAACGGGAAUAUGAAUGAAAGAAUAUUAAGUUUCCCGUGGCUGAAGGAUAGUCCUGUAGUACUUGGACCAAGAUUCAAAGAUGCAUUCCAAGAUGCUGGUUCAUAUCUCGCCAUAGAGCCCUUGUUUGAUAGAGAAAAGUACAUUGUGACAUACAAUCAAACUAGGGGUAUGGUAUAUGCAUUACUCAAAGAUCAAGCAAAGUCGGAUGACAUCCUAAAAGCUGCUUUCCACGCACAUGUGCUUUUACAUUUUAUACGCUCAUCAAGUGGGGGUCAGAAGUCUUCUCGAAAACAAGGUGACGCCUUUUCAAACUCUGUGCCCGCAGUGACCAAUCUUGAAGCACAAAUUGCUGCAUCAUGUAAAAUGGUCUCAACCUCAUAUGAGAUUUUCAAGAGUAAAGCUUCAGAGCAGGGAUGGGUGAUGGCAGAAUCUCUACUCAAUCCUGGUAGAGCUCGAUUGUGUCCCAGAUAAAAAAAACAUACGAGCAACAUGCAAAGUCAUCGCGAAAUACUGGUAGAUAAUGCGUAUCUCAAAGAUACAAAGGCUUGCAUCAGAUUGCCAAUGAUAGGAGGAUGAUGAAUAUCAAGUCUCUUUGAUUCCUGAAGAUCCUUGUUCGACGCCAGGCCAGUUGCUUUCCGGUUGAUAGGUAAAAGAAUGGUCCAAUUCAGGGUUCAAGUCUCUAUUGAAAUGGAAACGUAGAUUCAGUUCUAAGUGCAAGAAUAGGUCAGUAUAAUGUAUAUGCAUCCGCCCAUCUCUUUAUCCUUUUCCAGGUAUCUCUUUGUUAUGGUUUUUGUGACAAAAUUUUGUUGCAAUCAUGUUUUUCCCACCGAGUAUUUUUGCGUAGUAUACACAUACCUUUAAGCUCUUUCUGAUUGCAGUUGAAUGAUUAUAGAUACCUUGUCUUAA